GGUGCACCAGUGUCCACAUUGUGCCUACACCACUACUCUGCUGCAUAACCUAAAGAGACAUAUCUUAAAGCAUACUGGUGAAAAGCCAUUUGCUUGUUCUUACUGCUCAUACACAACCACCAGAAAGGAACUCCUGAAUGAGCACAUCAACCUUCAUACAGGAGAGAAGCCAUUCUCCUGUCCUUAUUGCACCUACAGUUCCUCUCACAAAAACAUCCUCCGCAGACACAUGCGGGUCCACACGGGUGUACGGCGCCACAUGUGUCCACAUUGCUCCUUCCAGACUGACAACAAAUCUGUGUUCAACACACACUUCAAGAUCCACAUCAAGGAAAAUUCUGUUUAGUUCAAAGUGGAGCGGGAGGCUAAGUAUCAGUGGACUGAUGCCGGCAGACCAGAAGACAGGCAGGGCCUCGGCUCCACCAGUAGGGGCGGAGGGAGGUAACGAAGCAUCUCUAUACCCACUGCCCGGCCACACCACCACCUCCACCACUACCACCACCACCUCCUCCAAGACCCACCGCUGUCCUUACUGCACUUACGUCACCAUAAAAACCACCAACCUUGUAAGACACAUCCACACUCACACGGGCGAGAAACCAUUUGCCUGUCCCCAUUGCCCCUUCCGAGCCACCCAGGAAGACAAUUUAAAGCGGCACGUUCGCACUCACACGGGAGAGAAGCCCUAUUCUUGCACCCUCUGCCCAUAUCGCUCUCGGCAGCAAGGGAGUCUGAAGAGGCACGUUUGGGCGCACCAUAAUUAAAGGUGGUGGCAGGAAACCCCAAGCAAACUGAGCAGCCUUGGAUGAAGAAGGUGCGGCUGGCAGAGAUUCCUUCAGGUGAGAACAGCAACGUCAAGACUAUUGGACUGCUGGCGGAGGGAGAAGACCUACCUAGACCA